AUGCCACAGCCAUAUAAGAGUCUCAUGACAGACAUAUAUGGUAACCAGGAAACAAUAAACCUGAAAAACUGGAACUUUGAUAUAGAUGAUGAACAGAAGUUAACACUAGAAUAAGGAUAUAACCAUUACAAAAAUGCACUAUGGGAUAAAAAAAUGGUUGAUAUCAAAACACUUAAAUCAGACCAAAUUACUUUGGCAAAGCAACUGAAAAUAGCGACAUAUAACUGCCAAGGUUUUAAUACUAAUGCAGCAGUAAAAGUCUAAGUGUUUGUAGAUUUUAUACACUGCGAGAAAUUGGACAUACUAGUACUAACAGAAGUAAAAACUUGGAAAAAAGAUAUGGAAUGGUAAAGAAAACUGAAAAAUUUGGGAAUUAGAACGUAGGUUAUGACCACACCAGAACUUGCAAGAGGUGGGGUUGUAGUUCUAACCAAAUAUGAAAAUACCAAAGCUAAACUAAUUGUAUAAUAUGGAAAUACUGGAGGAAUGAUUGAAAUCAAAUAUAAAACAACCAAAGUAAGUAAAAGAGAUUUCUAUUAUACAAAUAAAAUUAUUCUUUUCCCCGUAUAUAUAAAUUAAGCACCAAUCAAGCAAGAGAAAGAAUGGAUAUAAGAGCUAAUGUAAAUGAUCUCUUAUAUAUCCACACUAACUAGACAUCCAGUUAUCGUGAUAGGAGACUUUAAUACAAAAGGACACAAACUAAUGGAGAAAAAUAGUCUCAAGGAAAUCACUAAAGACCUUCUAUACACAUUCUAAGCUAAUAUACAUGGAAACCUAGUCAGAUCUAAACCUGAUGGGAUUUAUACUAGUGGUAUUGGUAAAAAUCCAUAGGUCUAUACUAAGGUCAUGAUGUAAAGAGAAAUGGACCAUAGAGCAGUUAUAGCAAACAUUGGAACAUUAGUGAUAGAAUAUGUGCAUAAACAACAUGCGAGAAAAGAUAUAGAAGAAUUACUGGAAUACAAUGAUGAAGUACUGGAAGAGAUUCUAAACUCAGAAGUUCCACUUAUAUCAGCUGAAUAAAUUAUAGCCAAACAUAACAAAAAGAAAGUUACGAGUCUAAUGCAAAUGAAAAAGAUUGUGGAACAAGCGCAUCAGAAGAAUAAGGAUGAACUACAAGAUAUUAUCAAAGCAUAAAAUAAAGAAUUCAUGGAUAAUAUAGAAGCAAUGAUGGAUGAAUAUGAAAAUGGUGAUUAGAGAGAGGAAGUUUUGUUUGAAGUGUUAAAGAUGAUUCAAGGAUGUGUUAGAAAUAGGAAAAGAGGAAACGGACUACACAUAGUUAGAGCAUAUGAACCAUAAGGAGAGGAGACAACAUAAGGAAUAUAUAAAACAUAUUAUAAAUUAGCGGGAAAAUAUAAUAUGAAAUUCAACUUAGGACAACACACUAAUGUUAGCCCUAACUCAAUUGCACUGAACAAAGACAAAAUUGAAUAUGUGUUACGAGAAAAGAUUAACUUAUAAGAUGAAGAAACACUUUUAAACUAGUUCAAAUAAUUAAUAGAAGAAGAAGAAGAAUUAGGGAACUUUGAAAGUAUUAGAAAAAAGAUAAUUGGUAAAUAUGGUAAAAUAGGAGGUAAAUCAACUGAAGAAAUGAGAGAAACAUAUAAGUAGUACAAAGAAAGUGUAGGAGAAGCAAUUAAGAAAACAGCUAAAAAGAAAGCAUUUGGAAAUGAUCUUGUUAGCCCAAUUAUCAAAAACAAAAGGAUAAAAAUUAAUGAGUGUUAUUGUGAAAUAGCUGAACUAGAAAGAAUUUCCAAGAUAUCCACAAGAAAAGUGUUUGAUCCUAACUUUGAUUUCAAUACUUAAUACGUAGGAAAAUGUUGUGAUCAUGGAAAGAAAAGGUAAGUAUACUAAUGA